GCGUUACUGUUGAAGUUCCUCGUCAUCAUGUGGUGUCAAUGGUUGGUGCGAAUAUGGUCUCAGUUGUAGUUUGUCGAUCACUGAUCUGAUCGUUUUUUUUUCUCCUUUUUUCUCGCCCGCACAUAGCUUUUGGUCUUAUGACUUUGCUAGUUGCGGUUAUGUUUCCACGUGAGUGUGUUGGGUUGGCUGUGUGCAUCCUAGUUAUGCAGAGGCCGGGUGUGUGCUCAUUGUGUUAUGUAUCCUCUUGAUGCUCCAUUUUGAGCCAAUAAAGUCCACCCUUUGUCGAAAAAAAGUGCAUGCAUCAAGCCCUUAGUUUUUCUCUUUAUUUCGUUUUGAUUUUCUACGGUGUUACAACUAACGCCCAUACACCUGCAUAUAUUCGUAUUGAUUUUCUAUGAUGUUACAACUCACGACCAUACACCUGCAUAUAUAUUGGGCGUGGACCGGCUAGCAAACCGACUGAAACUAGACUUCCAAGUACAACACAGACACUCCUAAUUAAUAAACCUACUAGGACACGUCUAGCUAGCUACUAGCUUGAGUAUGCUACUAUAAUUAACGUAUCUAGCUAAGCCUAGCACCAAUACAAAUUCAGCUAACACCACGUAGUCUUCUGCCUACGCCGUGAUUAUUCAUAAGGAAAGAUUAUUCCUAACAUCUUUGGUAUCUGAGGGGAACACCACACAUGCGUGCUAUUUGUGCUGACGUUGAAACUUAAUGUUUCUAGGCGUCUUCAUGGUCGGAGUGUAUGAGUUCAUGGAUGCGCGGAGACUUGGUAAGUUAACAGCCUAUUAAUUGUACAUAGCUAGAAUUUGGUAAUGUUGAGUUAAUUAGUCUGCAUUGUUACCGCCUCGAUUGAUCGAUGCAUGACAAAUGUAAUAUUCAGGUGAAGUUAGAAGCCUUUACAAAAUGUGAAGCAAUUCCACGUGCAAAGACGUGCAGUGAGUUCCCUGUCAUGCUGCGGAUCACUGGGGAACAAUGGCGUGGCGUGGAAGAGAUGCCACGUGCAGGCGUGGACGUCGUGGUGGUGGUUGAAGUCGACUGGUUCAUGGUGCGUCAAGGGAGGAUGGAUAUCAUCAAGGAAGCUCUUAUGAUUGUCAUCGACAAGCUCGGCCCCAACGACCGGCUCUCCAUCUUGUCAUUCGAGGAUAACGUGCCCCGAAUUAUGAAGCUCACGUUCAUGUCCGACCGAGGCCGGGAUGCUUUGAAGUUCAUGGUCAACGAGCUGUCCGCGAACCAUAGCUACAACAUAGUCGCUGCUCUGCAAGUGGGAGCUGAGAUUCUGAGAGAUGGUCAAGCGGAGGAGGCGGGUGACAGUCGCAUUGGCUGCAUCAUGUUCGUGUCGGAUAGCAGUGACACGCGGAUCAGGAAGAUCAGGAACAGGUACAAUGAUGUAAUCACCAAGGAAUUUCCGGCUUACGUCUUCGGUAUGGGAGAGCAACACCACCCGGAGGUCAUGAAGUACAUAGCCGACAUGACCGGCGGCACCUGCUCUUUCGUCGACUACGACCUCAACGAGAUGAGAGAUGCCUUUGAGCUGUUCAUCAGCGGCCUCACAAAAAUCGCCGCAACAUCCAUCAAGAUCACCCUCAGGGCGCACGAGGGUGCGUCUAUAUCAUCCAUCUACUCCAGAGGAUUCUACAACCGCGUGAGCUCUGACAGACGCUCCGGCGAGAUACACGUCGACAACAUGUACGCCGGCGAGCGGAAGAACUUCAUCGCCUACCUUAGUGUCGCAGGUGGCAACAAGGAGAAGCUAAUGACCGCUGGCGGACGGUACAGGAGCUUCAUGGCACAUCAGAAGCUGGCCGACACGGACGUCUUGGUCCUGCGACCAGGUUCGGCAUGCUCACCUGGCAAGAACACCAUCCACCCUCAGGUGGCGGCCGAGCUUGUGCGGAUCGGGCUUUGGAAUGGCCUGUUGGAGAUAGGUAGAAGCGCUUAUGAGCUGGAAGAGCUAUGGGUCGGCAUCAAGCGCUCUGAGGAGGGCGGCGGCGCAGCCAAGGAAACCUUGUUGGAGCUCGGUCAAGACGUGGCUGAAAUUAAGAGAGAGUUCGCCGUCAGCCUGCCGCCUCCUUAUUUUAUUUCUUGGCUGAAUUGCCACGAGUGGCAGCGUGCAACCACCAAGGGCACACGCCGCGUCUCCGGUGCUUUCACCGUGCCGGGGCAGCAUGAAGAUGAAGAUGCAAAGGUUGACAACAGGGGCCACGAUUAAAGCAAAGAUGAUCCAUCUUCUUCUCCAUAUUUUUCAUGUAAUAAUAUAUAGAACUACUGCUGUACCUGCGAGCUCCAUUGUAAAGUUUGUUUUACUACAUAUCCCAAGAGUAAAGUUUGUUUUCAACUCUGUAGUCGGUACUCGGUAGUGUGAUCCGACCUCGCAAACUCAUAAAUCUUAUCGACAGCAGAUUUCGUAGGGAAGGGAGUAAUUAAGAUGGUAUCAAAUGGGUAAGUUUUUGUCAUGACAG